AUGUGUCUUCUAGGUAUUUCUUUUCAGCUCAGUCUCCUUCAAUUCCCGUUCGUGCUUACUGUCAGCCGAGCAAGAAAGAUGAGGGUUGCUAUCACGAAGACAUAUGAGGAGCUUAUUAUGCCUCACACUAGACCGCCAAAUUUUUGGGAGAUAUUCUAUGACGUUGACAUUUGGGCUAUUAUACUAGCCAACUCUCUCCAGGAUAUUCCCUUUCUACUAGUCCGUUUAUAUUUGAUGUUACAACACAGCCUCGUCACCUACACAAUGAUCUUCUUCACUUGCAAAAAUGCACUUAUUAUUGCACUUCAGACGUACAGGGCUUUCAUCCUGCUCAACGACCGUUACAUUCGACCGAAACCUCCCGAUUUCGACAUGCUCGAUUCUCAUGCUCACCACACUCGCGACCAUCAACGGAAGCCAACCUCCCAUCGUAAAAAGAGAUCUAAGCGUGAUAAAUCCGAAGAACAUCAACAUCUAUUCAGUCCCCGCCGCGAAAGAAGUCACAAACGAGAGCGUCGCAGAAUGGAUACUUUAGAAGAAACAACAGCGUGA